AUCAUCUACGUUCGGUUCAAUAAUAAUCUUCUCCCGACUUUCUCUCGCUCUUGCAAAACCUAGGUCUUCUCCUUCUUGACGAUUCAGUAAUUUUGUCUUCCUCGUUAGAAAUCUGCUGUAGCUUCUGGUUUUCUAAUAAAAGAAAGGAGACAGAUGUUAUAGGAUGCCAAAAAUGGUGGAAAAGCCCUAAUCUAUACACACUUCAGAAACUAAAACACCUCCAUUGAUUGAUUCUGCGUUGCAACCAGAAUAGGGGAACCCGCUUCCUUCCUGAUCCUCCACUUCAGCUAGGGCUCUUUUCAUUACCUUCUACAAAUAAAUUCAGGUUAUAUACUCAGUUGGCGUUGUAUUUGCAUGAAUUGCCUUUUACCUGGGAAUCAAAUUCAGAGCAGAUAGGGAUUUUGUCGUGUAAUACGAGUUCUUGAUUCCUUUUUGUUAGGGUUGGUUCUCCGUUUGAUUUCCAGAACGAGGAAGAUAGGUGGUGGUUAGAAGAUAAUGUGUAUAUUGUGUGUGAUUCAAAAGUGGUCUCGUCGAGUUGCUACCAUGCUCCCAUGGCUAGUAAUUCCUCUAAUUGGACUUUGGGCUCUGUCUCAGCUGUUACCACCUGCUUUUCGGUUUGAAAUCACUUCUCCCAGGUUGGCUUGUGUAUUUGUGUUGUUGGUUACUCUAUUCUGGUAUGAGAUCCUUAUGCCUCAGUUAUCAGCAUGGCGGGCACGAAGGAAUGCUCGCCUCAGGGAAAGAAAGAGAUUUGAGGCCAUCGAAAUGCAGAAGCUUCGGAAGACUGCAACCCGGAGGUGCAGGAAUUGUCUGACUCCAUACCGAGACCAGAAUCCUGGUGGGGGGAGGUUUAUGUGUUCAUAUUGUGGUCAUAUUUCAAAAAGGCCCGUUUUAGAUCUCCCAGUACCGCCUGGUUUUGGUUUGUCAAAUUCUGGAAUAUUGAAAGAUUUAGUAGGCAAAGGUGGGAACAUCUUAAACGGAAAGGCAUGGUCUGAUAAUAGUUGGACUUGUCGUCAAGAUUGGUUGGAGAAUGGUAAUUGGGUCAGUGGACAGUUCACUGGGAACAAUUACGGGCAGAAGAAUGGUGUUGGUUUUUUCAGCUGUGAUGAAGAUUGUAUGACAGAAAAGUCUUAUUCUCGUGUGAUGAUAUUCGCUUGCAAGAUAACAUCAGUUUUGUUCUGGAGCAUUGGAUGGUUUUGGAGUAAGGUCUCUAGAGCUAGUUUGUCAAGAGAUGUUUCUUCAGAUACAGAGGACAAGGGAUUGUUGGCAAGACAGGGUGAGAAUUUCCAAGAGAGUAGAGUAGAAAAGGCUCGUAGAAAAGCAGAAGAGAAAAGACAAGCUAGGGUAGAGAAGGAGUUAUUGGAGGAGGAGGAGAGAAAGCAAAAAGAGGAGGUUGCAAGGCUGGUGGAGGAACGCCGAAAACUUAGGGAUGAAAAUAUGGAAGUUGAGAAGGAUCGUAAGAAAGGGUCAACUACUUCUACUGAAAAGAAUAGUAAGAAGGAAGCUGAGAAGAAACGACGGGAAAAAAAGAAGGAUAAAGACAAGGCUUCUAGUAAAAGCAAUUCUGAUGCAGAGGAAAUUGAAAAACGAGGUGGUAAGGAAAAUGAACGGAAGGGUGAUAAUGAUAAGCCGGAUUUACAUAGAUCUGGAGCAGAAAAUGGCAAAAUUAAUGGCACAGGAGUAUUAUAUGGGAUUAAGAGCAAUGCUAAUAGCAAUCAUGGCAGGGGAAACACUGGUACUCAUUACCUGGACAGAAUGAAGGGUACUAUUUUAUCCUCCUCCAAAGCUUUUGGUAGCAACAGUUUCUUCAGAAGGGGUGUUAACACUUCUCCCAUGGUUUCAAGAGAAAGCAAGUCCGGUGGGUUUGUAGAUCACAUUAACACGUCUGCCAACAGAAAUGAUUUUUCUCAGCAUGGAAAACCAAAUAUGAGUGGUGAUGAUAAGAGCAUCAGUCGACCUGUGCUCAUUGAACCACCACCAAUAGCAGCCCCAAAGAAAUCAUGGCAACAACUGUUUACCCGUUCAUCAGCUGUUUCUCCUCCUCCUCCUGUUUCAAAUGUUAUAAGCAGACCAAAUUCAAAGCCCCAGAUAGAAGUGCACAGCCCUCCAUCUAUAACAUAUGAUAACCCCAUUAGCUUUGGAUUUCCAUCACCCUUUACCUUGCCUACUUUUCCACUUGUGUCAACAAGUUCGACGAGUACUGUUGUUCCAUUGAACUCUGAAACCAUGUUUGCUGCUCGUGAUCUUUUACCUGAAGAAUCUGACAUUUUUGAAGAUCCAUGUUAUGUUCCAGACCCAGUAUCUCUACUCGGGCCUGUUUCAGAAUCCCUGGAAAAUUUUCAGUUAGAUUUAGGCACUGGGUUUAUUGGAGAGUUUGGAUCAGAAAAGCUUCGUCCUUUAAGGAACACAUCAUCUGCAAUGCCAGAAAUCAUUAGACCGUCGCCUAUUGAAAGGAGUUGUAAUUCUAAUCGAUCGCCCAAGUCUGUAUCUAAUAAUAUCCAGGAGUUUCACAACUUCCCAGUUGAAGCUUCAAACCAUUCAAAUGAGCAGGGAACUUAUCAGAUGUGGAACACUUCUCCUCUCUUUCCUCGUGAACUCAAUAUACCAGGCAAGGAAGAUGUGAUGCAUCAACUCCUUGCUCAGAAAACCAUGGAGUCGCUAUUUACUAAUGAUGAGCAGACUAUUUCUAGCAUUCAUUCCCAGAACAACUUCCUUCAGAACCAAAACACCGGUACAUUUGGUACUUUUCUUUCUGGUCCAGUCGAUACUCCGUGGGAGGCAAAAACAUUAAGUGGUUUUGAAAAUCAAUUUUCUAUGGAUACAAGAGAGGAACGUGUUCAGAAGGAAAUUGUGUAUGGGAGCAGCAUACCCAUUGGAUCUACUAGCCAUCUGCCCCAACCCAAUUGUUGGACCAAGAAGGAAGCGGUUGUUGGUUCAAAAGAUGUAGUUGGAAAGUCGAGAAUAGGAAGUCACAACCACCACCAACAUCCUGUUGGAAGUCUGUUCUCUCCCCCAGAAGUAGGUUCACUAUGGUCGUCCUCUUCUUAUGGUUGAAAGAGAGAGAGAUGGAUGAUCUGAUCUCACUAUUAUUAUUGUGAGGUGAGAAUAAAGAAAAAACCUCUGUUGGAAUAAUAAUAGUGGACUGCUGGACAGUAUGUAUCAUCUUGGGUUCUUCAUAUCUUUAUAAUGGAGAUUUGUUAACAUGGGCAUGA